AUGUCCAUUGUAGAAACCUUUCAUGGUUACAUUGAAACAACUCAAGAUUCUCUUUUGGUAUUAGAAGCUUGUCGUCGUUGUUUAUUACCCAAAAUAUCUAGACGUUUACAAGAAAAAGAAAGAAAAUUGGUACGAUCAGGUUCUGUUUUUGUUUUUGAUGAAAAAGAUUCUGGUAUCAAACGUUGGACUGAUGGUUUAGUUUGGAGUCCUUCUCGUAUUCUUGGAAACUUUUUGAUUUAUCGUGAAUUGGAUAAACGUAUACCAAAACGUAAAAGAACUCUAGUGGAUCCAUCAAGAAAUCGACUUCGAAGUAAUAGUGCAGACCAAAGUGUAUCAGAUAGACAUAAAGAACGACAACUAGUUGGAAGUUUAUCAGAAGCUUAUAAUUAUAAAGAAGAUGGUCUCAUCAAGAAAACAAUGUCUUUGAUUGUGGACGGUACUCCUCUUCACCUGAUCUCAUAUUAUCAUCCUGAUGAUGUGUUGGCUCGCAAGCUUAGAACUCCCUCUGCGGUACCUGAAUUGGUCAAUUUGGAAAUAUCCCCUGAACUCUUGGUGAGACAAAACUUCCGUAUACCUCCUGUGGUGGAACCUGAUCAUUACCCUCAACAACCUUACUAUCAAACUUCUUCUUCUUCUUCUUCUGGAUUUACAGCAGGUAAUCUAUAUUUAUUUAUUUAUUAUUAUUAUUAUUACAAAUUAGUUAUUUAUUAUAUUUUUUUUUGUCAUUUUAUUAGCCGCUGGUCAGCUUGCCAAAUCAACUUCAAGAAGUCUUUCACUUCCUUCUAA